CGGAAGUGGGAGCGGAAGCGGCGGGAGCGGCCAUGAGGGCGCCGGGGCCGUGCGCGGAGUGCGGGGCGGGGGCCGCGGCCCGGUACCGCUGUCCGCGCUGCGGCAGCGCCUACUGCUCCGUGCCGUGCUGCCGGACCCACCGCGAGCGCUGCGCGCCCGGUGCCCGGCGGGAGGAGGAGGCGGCCGGGCCCGGAUCCCCCCCUGCCCCCGGCGGCAGCCCCGCGGCCCCGGAGGACGUCGUGGGCGAGGAGGAGGAGCAGGACCGCGUCCCGCCGCACAAACUGCAGCUGCUGGGGGAAUCGGCGGAGCUGCGGGAGUUGCUGCGGAACCCGCACCUGCGGCAGCUGCUGCUGGCCCUGGAGCAGGCUCGGGACAAGAGCUCCCUCCUGAGGCGGCUGAUGCAGGAGCCGCUGUUCCUGGAGUUCGCCGACUGCUGCCUGGGCAUCGUGGAGCCUCCCGAGGAGAAGGAGAACGUGCUCCCCGUCCUCCCCGAGUGAGCUGUGCUGCUGGGGCAGUGCGGGUUGUGUCAUUCGUCGCGGGGAUUCGUGUUUGGUGAGGUUUGGGUGCACUCUGCCGUGUGCCUUGGCUGCUGUGCCCGUGGGUGUCACUGCUCUGAGCUGAGGCUGGAGCUGACAAACAGGGGCAGGGCUGUGCUGGGACUUCAUUUUUUACAUCCUGGGGCUUGACCUUGGUACUCUGUGGAAUUCUUGGGCAGCCACAGGAAAUGUUGCUUCACAGUGACAAUAUUAAAUAUAUCUGCAUUGAUUUUAAUCCACGA